CCGAAGUCAUCCUGCUGGGAGUUUCGAUGGCGGACUGGUCGUCGGCUCCUCGCAGUCACAGCUGGUGAAAUGAAAGUGAAACUUAAAAACAAACAACCAAGCGGACGGAAAGACGCGAUGGGAGAAAAAAAAUGCAAUAUUCUAAUCUAAAAUAUAUAUUAACAUAAAUAUUGUGUUAUUUCCCAACGUUUCAUUCCAUUGGAUCGUGUGGUGAUUUUCAACGAGCCGCAAUCACCUGGGGAAUCGGCGUUACCUUGUGUUUAUCGCCCGCGGAUCACGUGACAGCACACACGCCCUAGCAACCACAGCAGUGGUUUCAGUGUACCAUAGCAACCAUGGAGGACGAGCUUUCGUUGACGGAAGAACAAGAGGUCGCGCAAGAACAAAAAGAACUCCACCACGACCAAGUUGAAGCAUUAAAAUGUUCCAACGCGGCCCUCCUGGCAGAGAUCGACAUGCUGGAACGAUUCAUCGGCCGCAUUGAUCCUCAGGACCUGGUUUCCACCGCUGGGGGAGACGGCCUGGGGCCGGCCGGAGCCUCCAACCUGGAGGGUGGGCAGCUGACCUCGGAACAAAAGCUUUACGUGGCCCAGAGAGAAGUAACGGAGGCCCGAGCAGACCUGGAGAAAGCCCGGCAGAGAUGUGAGAGAGUUCAGGACCACUACAAGGCCUCUCUGGAAGAAGCAGAAUGGCAUCUCGCAGAUAUCAGGAAGGCCAAGAAAAAGUUUGAAAGUAAAGCGCUCAAACCCCUGCAGGACAAGAGGUUGGAAGUAAAGGAGCCGGAGAAGGUGCUUCAGUACAUAAAAGACAAGUCAAAGGUCGCCCAAAUAGAGAAGUUUCAUCUGAAGAACCGGACACUGCAGGCCUACAAGAAAAAGCUCCAGCAGCAGCUCCAACAGAAGAAGGAGACGGGAAAAGCCGAGUACGAGGACUUGUUCCAGGAAUACUGCGAGCAAAGAAUUGACAAAAGCUUGGAGGAACUUGCAGUCAACCAUUCGAAAGUACUCCGCGUCCUCGGCUCACAUAAGGAGAAGCUGCAGAGUGUGACGGCGGAGGCUGCGCAGCUGAGCGAUGACAUCACCAACAGGAAGCAGCUGCUGGUGAAAAUCGAGGAGAAGCUGCAGCAGGCCGAGGAGGAGCGCUCUAAAGCAGAGGCCCUGAACAAACACCUGCGCCGCCAGAUGACGGAUUAUCGGGCCCCCGACGUCACGCAGUACAUGGACGUCAAAGACAGACACACAAAGCUGCGGCGGAGCAUCCACAUGUUGGAGAGGAGGUCUGGGAUCACCGAGCAGUUGGCCUUGAAGGGCCGGAGCACACUGAGAACCACUCUCACUCCUGCAGGCAGAGCCGGGGCAGGAAAUACAAGUGGGGGGCAACCAAUCUCCCUAAAGCUCCCACACAUAGCAGCAAAGAACACAGCGAGAACAAGAGAAGCAGAAAGUCUGCUGGGGUCAUAAAAGGCAACCGAGCACAGUGUGUGGCAGAAAGACACCUUGAUGCUGUUACUAAACACUCUGUUGCACAACAUUACAACCACAAAGCUGCUCAUUUGUUUGGUCACCGUUGGAGCUUUAAUCCUUAUCACGUUUUACUUUUUUUUUUUUUCCAUGUUUGUGGUUUGUGUUUCUGAUAAUGUCAAACCAUUAAUCGGUUUCCUUAAUCUUUAUAUAACAAUUUUAUGUUAAAUAAAACUUUAUGCCCACUACUAUAUUGUUCUAUAUGGAGUCAGUGGUGCGCUCAAUUCCAUGUUGUGUAAUUUGAUUCUUUUGGGCAUUUGCACUUCUCAUUUGAAAUAAUAAAAGGUCCCACUGCAACUGUCAAA